AUGGAAAACAUUUCAGAUCUCUACGAAACAUCCUGCCGCCGUUUCCUUACACAGCUCGCCAUUAUUUCAAAAGUGAAUUCCGAGCAGGGUCGUAGAGAGCGACAGAAACGGCUCCAGUUUCUCAGGGAAAGUGCUAGGACGCCAGAUGUGGCAGAUAAUGUUGCCUUAAACCGAUUGCUGGAUAACUUGGCUUUUCUAUUGGUCCGAAGAAGUGGAGGGGAUUGUGUUUCGUUGGCUUUGGUAGGCUUCACACAAGCUAAGAUUGAUAUGGUUGCUCAGGCUAGCUAUGAGGAAGAUCGAUCUUCACCAGAUUCAGCUGUGGCCGAUAUGUCAGUGGGUUUGGAGGUUGCAGGAAAUCCGCAAGGGGAGUUUAGUUAUAGCUCCGACGGGCCAAGUGCGAUCAAGCAACAUGCGGAACGGAUUUUUAAAUAUGUCAAAGAAUCUAGCACAUUGCCUCGCGAUCAUCAGCGGUACUACGAAAUCCUGAAAGAACUCUUGACAAUCCAAGUCGAUUACAGUUCAAACAAACUUUACGGCCGUGUUCAACUGUUAAAAAAGUUUACUACCAAAGUCGAGGGCUUCAAAAUACCAGAUUGGGCUUCUUUGGCUACGGGGGAGUCAAGGGACAAGGAUAGUUUCUCUUUACCACCGGCGCCGGGUCCUCCAGGAAGGGAUUUAGGCGAAGUUGUUCACCGACAUCUUUAUAACGAACUUCUCGAUAAAAAAAAAUCGAUUUCAGUACCACCGGUCGAGGAUAUGAUGAAAUUAAGUCGACUAAAUUUUGAUCUGUGGACUGAAAUUUUCCUUGACUUCCUUAAUGAUUUUCAGAGCCGAGUGGAAAAACUAGAGAAAGCGGAUGAGGCCACUCGGAGCAAAUGUAUCCGCUGCAUUGUUUCUAGUCUGCGUUUUAUGGAUAUCCUCGUCACUCAGUCGAAACUAUUUAGGAGCUGGGUGGAGAUAACGACUAGAACGCUAGACCAACAGAAAGAAGCACUAGCGAGAGAAGCUGAGGGGAAGGAAAAAGUUAGUAUGUCGGUGGGGCUCAUGGCUGUAGAAGAUUUAGAACCGGUUGUAGAGGAUUCAGAACCAGCUGCAGGUCCUGAGAGCGCCGUACAUCGAUCGGUCUUACAGCACACCCUACCCGAAGUACAAAAACCAACUGCUCCAAGCGACCACGAGCUUGAAAGUUCUAUAAACACGAUGAAGUCCGGUUCAAGUGGCCCAAUCCAUAUUUCAAAGCCUAGGAAGCGGGACUGGUUUAAAACAACGAUGAGGAAGGUGAUUCCGGCGUCUAUUACGAAUCGGUUAACUUUGAGGAGAUAUUCAAAGGAUACUCGAGUCCACGUCGGAGAAAUUUUUGGUGGUUCCUCGCUGCCUUUGCCGGGAGGUAACAAAAAGGCUCCGGAUGCCGACCAAGCUAGUCGGCAAGAAAAAAUCGAGGAACCCAGGGGUUUGGCGGGAGGGGGGCACGACGAAAUCGCCGGGUCAAGUACACAGAGCGGUCACCGGGUCCAACGGGCGAGGACAUCUCAAAUAAGUUUCUCCGGGUCGUUUUUGGAGAGGGCUGAAGAGAGCUUUGAGGAAUAUACCGAAGCGACAGCAGUUGGAACUCCAUCCAUGGACUAUAACAUUUUGUGGUUGGUUUCGCAGCAUGCAAUAGCAAUUGACUCACUAGUAAAGAACGAUUUGGUUCGCAAGUUUGCAAGUACGAGAGACUUCAACUUGGAGGUUCUUCCUCAUGACGAGACAGAAGCCACAACUUUACCAUGUGAACCUAUCCUCGAGACCCUUUCAAGACUUUUGAGUACUGUUGAGCCGAUAGACGACGACGACCGUAGACUGAAGGCCACCAGUUUUUUGGCUAAUAUCAAAGCCCAUGAAGAAGACCCUGGGGCCAAGUUGCUUUUAAGCCUAGACAAAAUAGAACCUACGAUUAAGGUAUCCGGACACGCUGAGCUGAUUCUCUUGAGCCACCUCGCGAAGCUCCGUAAGGGCGGUCAAUACGUUUAUCGGUAUCUCGGGUUAUCGAAGCCACCAUGUUUUGUGUGUGAAGAAGUUCUUUUACGGAGAGAAGAUUUCUCGGUGUUGACGCGACAGGGUCACACACACGCUUAUGUUUCGAGUAUUCCCAGUGGAAAUUCUCCGUUAGAACAACUUGUGGUUUUUAACGAUGUCAAGAUUAUUGCGGAACAAUCCGUCCGAGAUGUUUAUCUGAGUAAACGUUGUGAUUCAAGAGAUUCGCAUUAA